UUAUAUCGAUGCUGCAGUGCACACUGUUCCUUGCUUCGACUUCUCUACCCACUCAUUUCGGUUUCCUGAGCCCCCACCCAUGACAUAACUGGAGUAUCUUGAAAAUAGUUUUGCUGCGUGUGCAGAAUUCUCCAUUCUCGCAACAACAAAAAAUAGGAAAAGUUCUGCAGUGUUCAUUCAUGUUUAAAGCUCCAUUUCUGCGAUACUGCGGCACUUUAUCUGUGUUUGCCUUGCAUGAUUUAACCAACUAUUAACGGGUCCAAGGAGGAAGAAAAGAAAUUCGACCUACAGUAAAAAAAGAUUUGACACCGAAGAAUAAUGCGUGUGUAGUGCCAAGGAGUGUUUUUUUUUUUUUUUUUGAGAAAGGAGUGUCAAGGAGUGUUUUACAAGCAUGUUCAGACAUCUCCCUUUCUUUUCUUUUGCGGUAGAACAAGUUCAGACAUGUUGAUGGGUGUUUAUUGACUUUCAUAGUCCUACACGCCAUCCCCUUAACAGAUCAUGCAACAUGUGCCGCUGAGAGAAAAUGAGAAGGCCAUGUGGAAUGGCAAACAUGUGAGGUUUCGUCCAAUGACAGAUCUGUAGGGCCUCUAAUCUAUCGCCCCAAGUUGCAAUAUGAACUCUUAAAUCGAUGUCACGUACCGCCGGAUAGGGCUAGAUAGAGAUUCCCAAUCCCAAUGCUGGAUCAGAAAUCAUCAGCAUAUACGUAUAAGAGAGACAGAUUGCUUCUCAUUCUUUGGGGAAUAAGAAUAUUUUUUUUCUCUUUUAAAUGUUUUUUUUUCUUUUGUCCUAGUCUCUUCUCUGGUAAAUGGCAAUACUAGGGUACCACUACCACCGAAUAGCAGCUCUACCAUACCAUCUUAGUACAGCCACACAACUCAUCUCAGCCACAUGACACUGAAAAUAAUGGGCUGUGCAAGAUUCAAUCUCCCUUGAUGCUUCGGUUGGCAAACAUUGACAAAUCUUCAUGGCUAUGUGGCAAUUUUAGUAGGCCUCCAACUGAAGCAGGGAAGGGAAUGGUAGGGGGUCCUAUUGUCCCUGUACCAGAGUGGCUAACAGGACAAGCCUACCUUACCUAUCCAUGGGAUGGAUGUAUUAUACCAAGGAUGAUGUGUUAGUUGGCACUCUCUUUUCUCUGCCAACAUUAUGGCUGCAACAAGGGCAAGAUGCAGUUUUUUUUUUUUUGGUGGCCACUCCAUGUGCUGCACCAUCACCUUUGGCCCAACUACACAAAUGGCUCAUAAUGCUUGGUGGCACAGAGCAAUCAAGAUUCCAGCUCUCUUCAUGUGCACCACUACUAACUUGCAGUCUUUUGACCAAGGCUGUCUUUCUCCCUCCAAUACUCUAAUGCAACAGUGAGGAACAUUAAACAUUCUCCAUGCAAGCUGAAAGAUGAAGCAAGACACCCUCAAGAGUUCCCCAAAAUCGCCGGAGGUCGCAUCCAAGGAAGCACAGCCACAGGACAGCAGCAAUGUGGAAGUUAAGGUGCUGAGCGAGAGGCUUUCCUCUGUGGUAUCGGAUAUUCGUGCUAAAGAUGAUCUCGUCAAGCAGCAUUCCAAAGUUGCCGAAGAAGCUGUUCUAGGAUGGGAGAAGGCCCAAAACGAGAUGGCAUCGCUGAAAAACCAGCUGAAUGCUGCAACUGUCAAGAACUCAUCUCUGGAUGGAGCGCUCAAGGAAUGCGUCCGGCAACUCCGGCGCGCCAAGGAAGAGCAGGACCAGAAGGUACAGGGCGCGCUGGCACUGCAGUCUCGGCAGUGGGAGUCAGACAAGACCGACCUAGAGCUGCGGAUUGUCGAGCUCAAGGCGCAGCUGGAAGCCAAGUCCGAGCGCUCAGUGACCAGCGACGGUGAUGCCAGCUCCAGACUGGCCGCUCUGGAGAAGGAGAAGUCGGCUCUCAAGGCGCAGCUGCUCGCCAAGUCCGAGCGCGACGGUGAACUGGCCGCUCUGGAGAAGGAGAAGUCGGCUCUCAAGGCGCAGCUGGAAGCCAAGUCCGAGCGCGACGGUGAACUGGCCGCUCUGGAGAAGGAGAAGUCGGCUCUCAAGGCGCAGCUGCUCGCCAAGACGGAGGAACUGGGGCUCAGGACCAUCGAGAAGGAGCUCAACAGGAGGGCGGCGGAGGCGGCAAGCAAGCAGCAUCUCGAGAGCAUCAGGAAGGCGGCCAAGCUCGAAGCAGAGUGCAGAAAACUGCAGGCCACUGCACGUAGACCCUCCUUCAGCAGCGACCUCAGGCGCACUCCGAGCUCCCUCUGUGCCGCCGAGUCGGUGUCGGUGACGGAGACGGACUGCCAGUCAGGCUCAUGGGCAUCGGCUCUCAUCGCCGACCAGUACAAGACCGAGACAAGGAGUGGAAGCCUAGCAACCGCAGUCGACAUGGGUAUGAAUAUGAUGGAUGACUUCCUUGAGAUGGAGAAGCUUGCGUCAGCCAACGGCAGGAGCAAUUAUGCCGAGGAUACCGGUGGUCAGCUGGUGAAGCUAGAGGAGAAGGCCAGGAAGCUGGCGGCCGACAAGGACAAGGACAAAGCUUUGCACGAGCUGAGGUCUUGCCGCCAUCAGGAGAGAUCGGCUGAGAUGCAGAGGCAGCUGAACCUCGUUAAUGGAGAGAGGGAGGCGGCCGAGAGGAAUAAGAGGAAUGAUCUGGAGGGUAGACUUGAGCUGGCCCAUGGCGAGAUUAACAACCUGUUGGACAAGGGACGCAUCCUGGAGGAACGCCUCGACUCGGAAAAGGCGCUAACGCUGGAGCUGGCAGCGAAAUAUCAGCACAUGGAUGCGCUGGAAUCGGAGACCAAACACCUGCGUGCUCAGCUCCAGUCUGACGCCAGGAAAUACAGCGACAAGAUCACCCUGCUAGAGAGGAGGCUCACAGAGGAAUGCCGUGCCGUCCAAGCUCUGCAAGCAAAGAUCAAGGGUGCAGAUAUUGAGCUGGAGCUGGCACAACAAGAAAUUGUUUCAUUCCAAAAAAAGGUGCGUAGCCUGGAGCAGCAACAUAAGUCAUUGUCUGUCGAAUCCGCAAAGCGGUGCCAUGAUCUCCAAGCAGAGAGAAAUGAGCUCACAUCUCAACUCCAAGCUGUCAAUUCACAUGUCUUUGCCCUGAAUAACAAGGUUAACAUGCUUCAAGAGACCCUGGAGAAACAAGGGCCGUUGGUUGCACAACUGGAAUCUCAACUCAAGUCGGCGCAAGCCGAAAUCAAGGGCUUGAAGGAGAACGCCAGGCUCUUGGAAAUGAAACUGGAGACACAGAAGAACUUGGCAUCAGCCUACAUAACUGCACUGGAUGCUUCCGAAACCCACAAGAACGAAAUGACCAACCGGUUCAAGCUCAAAGAGAAAGAAGCAGAGGAAUCGCACAGAAAGAUUUACUUGCUUGAGGAACAAAUUCUCAAAGAGAGAGCAGAAUCAUCGGAAUACGCCUCGCAAUGCCAUGACUUGAAACAGGAAUUGUGCAGCAGAGCUUCAGGUCAUCAACCAAAACCUAUGGCAAGUACAGACCUCCAUAUAACCAAGGAGAAAGAGCUAGUUCGUGCUGCCGGGAAACUAGCAGACUGCCAGAAAACAAUAGCAUCACUGAGCGCGCAAUUGAGAACCUUAUCCGACUUUGAUGGAUUCAUCCCUGGAGUUGAGAACCAUGAUAUCGCCUUAGCUGAAAGCUGGGAUGGCGAUCUGAAGCUGUUUGAUUCAGCUAGUUAUCCAGCACAGUUGGGCUGUUUGGCAGUCACAUGACUGGUAGCAAAGAAAGGUUGUGGAAAAUUAUAUUGCUUGGCUAUCACAUAAUAAGAUUGACAGAAUCCUUAGCUGAUUCCAUAUGGAGACAAGUUAAUACUCCCUCUGUCUCAAAAUGUAAGAUAGUGACAAAAAAAUGUAUUACAUUUUGAUAGAGGAAGUACUACCUUCAUUUUUAAAUAUAAGACCUUUUAGAGAUUCCA